UGCCUCGCCAUUGCCGCUCCCAGCACGCCCCGCGCGGGGCCGCCGUGCCCAUAGCAACGGCCGCCGCGGUGGCGGAGGCGCCGCCAUGGGGCAGGACUACUACGCCGUGCUGGAGCUCGGCCGCGGCGCCACGGACGCCGACAUCAAGAAGGCCUACAGGACGCUGGCCUUGAGGAACCACCCGUUAAAAUGCAAGGAGCCCUGGGCCCAGGAGCGGUUCCGGCAGCUGGCCGAAGCCUACGACGUGCUCAGCGACCCCGAGAAGAAAGGCGUCUACGACAAGUUCGGAGAAGAGGGCCUCAAAGGCGGGAUCCCCCUGGAGUUCGGCACCGAGAACUCCUGGACCGACGGCUACGUGUUUCACAACAACCCCUACAAGGUCUUCAAGGAGUUCUUCGGCGGGGACAACCCCUUCGCUGAGUUCUUCGCCGAGGAUGGCUCGGAGCCGGACAUGGCCUUUGGGGGGCUGCGGGGACGGGGCGUGAGGAAGCAGGACCCCCCCAUCGAGCGGGAUCUCUACCUCUCGCUCGAAGACCUCUUCUAUGGCUGCACCAAGAAGAUUAAGAUCUCCCGCCGGGUGAUGAAUGAAGACGGUCAGACAACCGCCAUCAGAGAUAAAAUACUGACGAUCGACGUGCGGCCGGGCUGGAAGCAGGGCACCAGGGUCACCUUUGAGAAGGAGGGCGACCAGGGCCCAAACAUCAUUCCAGCCGACAUCACCUUCAUCGUCCAAGAGAAACUCCACCCCAGGUUUAAAAGAGCAGACGACAAUCUCAUUUACGUAGCCGCCAUCCCCCUGGGAAAGGCGCUGGUCGGCUGCACAGUGGACGUGAAGACGCUGGACGGGCGGCUGCUCAACAUCCCCAUCAACGACAUCGUGGACCCCAAGUACUGUAAAGUCGUGCCAGGGGAGGGGAUGCCGCUGUGCCAGGACCCCGCGCGCAAAGGCGAUCUCGUCAUCUAUUUCGAAAUCGCCUUUCCGAAGCAGCUCACGCCCGACAAGAAAAAGCUCUUGAAAAACGCCCUCCUGUGCUAGGGGGAGGAGAGGAUGCCCCGCUCUCCUCCGAGCAAUAAAGCUCUGGUACCUGGGUAAACACUA